UGAAGACGGAAGUGACAGCAGGACCUCCCUCUGGCCAAUAAUUCAGUCCUUUUUGGAAACCGUUAAAGUAAUACACCGCUGCCUGCUGAGACAUGUCUACUGCGUACAGGAACAGGAUACAGGAAUUCAAAGAAGCCUUAAGUGAAGAAAACAUAAACUUGAAGACUUUGAGGGAGCUGUGCUUCAAUGGGAUCCCAUUUGAAGGAGGCAUACGAGCACUUUGCUGGAAAAUCCUUCUCAAUUACCUACCUCUCGAUCAGACAUUAUGGGAGUCUUUCCUCAAAAAGCAGAGGGAGGUGUACUCCCAGUUCCUAAAAGAAAUGAUCAUCCAGCCUGGUAUUGCCAAAGCCAACUUGGGCCUUUCCAGAGAAGACGUGACAAUGGAGGACCAUCCUCUCAAUCCAAACCCAGACAGCAGGUGGAACACCUACUUCAAAGAUAAUGAAAUUCUACUACAAAUUGACAAGGAUGUAAGGCGGUUGUACCCAGACAUGGCCUUCUUUCAGCGUCCUACAGAAUACCCAUGCCAACUUAUCUUGGAUCCUCAGAAUGAUUAUGAGACGCUGCGUCGACGAGUUGAACAAACUACCCUGAAAGCACAAACUGUAAACCGCAACCGCAGUGGAGUCACAAAUGUCAGCUCACCUGGAAAGGCGUUGAACCUGUAUCCAUCUAACGAAUACGAGGUGUUGCCGAGUGGGAAUGAAGCACACUGGGAGGUGGUGGAGCGGAUCCUCUUCAUCUAUGCCAAACUCAACCCCGGGAUCGCCUAUGUACAGGGCAUGAAUGAGAUUGUCGGGCCAAUUUACUUCACCUUUGCCACAGACCCCAACAGCCAGUGGAAAGAGCAUGCUGAAGCAGAUACAUUCUUCUGUUUCACCAACCUGAUGUCAGAGAACAGAGAUAACUUCAUCAAGAGCCUGGAUGACUCUCAGUGCGGCAUCACCUACAAGAUGGAGAGUGUGUACUCCAUGCUGAAGGACAAAGACCUGGAGCUCUAUCUCAAACUGGGAGAGCAGAACAUCAAACCACAGUAUUUCACAUUCCGGUGGCUGACCCUGUUGUUAUCUCAGGAGUUCCUCCUACCAGACGUCAUUCGUAUCUGGGACACUCUGUUUUCCGACCAGGAUCGAUUCCACUUCCUCAUCCUGGUCUGCUGCGCCAUGCUCAUACUCAUCCGAGAUAACCUGCUGGCUGGAGACUUCACAGUGAAUAUGAGAUCACUACAGGAUUACCCCAUCUCAGAUGUCCACACCAUCCUGACCAAGGCCAAAGAGCUGCAGGAUAACUCCUAACCUGUUCACUCUUUCCUCCUGCCCUCUUUGCUCAGAUGUGGUAGGUGGCAGUUUAAGCAUUAAAAAACAUUGUCAUGUCAAACCUGUAUCAUGGGAGAACUUGAUCAAUGAGCAGCCUGGACAGAUGUGUUGGGGAAAACCCAGCAUACUGCUUUUUAACUCUACGUCUGAUGUUCGGUCAGUGGGGACUGCCCUGAAACCGUUGGACACGCUCAAACUAUUCCUUCCUGGAAUGGAGGAGGAGAUGCCACCUGUUUCUUGAUGUAUUAUGGGAAAAGGCUCCUCUUGCAGCCAUCUCUCCCAUGGAGACCUGUUGUGCUCAGAUGAUGUUUGCACUGAACAUCUGAGGGAGAGGGAGCCACAUUAGUUCUACACUACCGAUCUUAGUUUGUCAUAAAAACAUACCAGAGAUGUUUUACAAUAGAGCCAAAAAAUUCACAAAAAUUCCACGGUGACCACAUAUGUAGUCAGAUUGAGCAAUUGUGUAAUUGGGUUGAACAAUUGUGCAUGUUUAUUCUUUAAGGGUUUUCUAUUUUUUAUUUUUAGAAGUUGAACGUUUUUAAUGUAAGAAACAUGUACGCCUCUGUUUAAUGAUGUGAGACAGGAGGCAGUAGUUCUGGGUAUAUUUUCCAUCUGAGUAAAAUAAACAUGAAGUGAUGGGCCUUUGCCUAUUGAAUGUUGUAUUAGAAACCUUCUGAAAAGCAUUAUUUCUUCGGCAUUAUGUCUCAACAAUGUCUUUUGUCCCAUUGAAAAUGUGGAUUAAUUUCUCUGUCUAAUAUUACUUUGACACAACAAAAUACUAUUGAAAGAUGGACAACAACCAUCAAAGUAAAUUGUGGUGCUUUUCACACUGAACAUCAUUUGCUGAAUUUUUUCAUCAACCUGGGUUUACACGUAUCUCUAGCGUAGCUUCGUUACAGUACUUUAUACUAUGCCUAUGGUGAAUCAAUCCUUGUGACUGGCUGGGGCGGAUGCAUUAUUUUAAGAUAAUGCACAGCUCUGGCAGAGCACUAUCAUCUCUAUUCAUAAGUCAUACUUGUGGUUGUUCUGCUGUUACCAGCCUGUAGUAGUUAAGCUUGCUAUUGUUUGAAAUGUACUGAUAACAGUACAAUAUGAUAGGGUACCAAUACUUGUAACAAGUGACUUUUGGUCCAGACACCACAGUUCUACAUUUUUUGAAACUUUGAAACAUGUAACCAUGUUUUUCUGCAGUAACAAAAGAAGCCAUAAUUCUAAAAUGUUAAGUAAUGUUCAAACAAGUAGCUGAUGAAUUGUGCCUAAAUAAAAAUUAAUUAAAAGAUUUAAAUUGGAAUUAUAUGAGUAGACGAUAAGUAAAAAAGAUCACCAUCCUGACGAGACAUUCCAGCUUUCUGCAGUUUUCAUUUUCUGUGUUACUGAUUUCGUCAGUAACAGAAAAAAUGAGAUUUGAUAAUUCUAGAGAGAAUUAUCUAUUUCAGCUUUUAUUACUUUUAUCACAUUCCCAGUGGGUCAGUUUACAUAGUUUACAUACACUUAAACCCCCUGUAUACCUUGCACUAAAAUGCAUCUUGUAACCAGAUUCUAUCUAUCUAUCUAGAUAAGUAUGAAGAUAUGAUUUUUGUGUAUUAUAUCUUUUCUCCGCUGUCUACAUAGAGAUCCAAUUGCUGUGUCCAGCUUCUCAACAACAAAAACAAAACAUUACAAAAAAAGAAGGCAGCCGUCUGUGGAGCUGUGCUUGUAUGGACUUUUGAUUGCUUUUGGGAGUGGAGGAAGACACCAUCUUCAGUAACUGGAAUGUCAAAGACGAAGGCAGAGGAGAAAGCUGUUUUACACAGCUGCUUUUACUCCCCCUGUGGUCAAUGCCACAUCUGAAUGUUGCACACAGUCAUGACUGUUGGGAGAGGCAGUUGACUCGGUGUCAAACCUGUGUAUGCACUGUCAAACUUUGGAUUUUAUUUGUGGACUGGGACCAGUGUUUUUCAGAAGUGACCAUACAGUUGGAGAAUACGGUGACAGUGACCAUCUGGCACCUAGCAACAGGUUUUAAUUCUGCCCAUGUAGUUGUUAUAUGCAGAUUGAAAACACAAUUGCAUUUACGCUUGUGUUCAAUGUGUUCACAAUGCGUCAUUGACCACCUCCGGAGGUGGCUUGGCUCAAUGUGUCUUGGGUGCAUUUACACCUGGGCUUUUUACGUGGUCUAGCACUAUCCAACUGCAAUCCAGUCACCCAACACACCUUUUAAUGCGCCAGUUAGUAUCAAAUCAAAUCACUUAACUUGGGUCAGACAUUUCAGGCAGCCUUCCACAAGCUUCUCAUAAUAAGCUGCUGGCAUUUUGGCCCAUUCCUCCAGACAGAGCUGGUGUAACUGAGUCAGCUUUCAAGACCCCUUGCUUGCACACACAUAUUCAGUUCUUUCCACCAAUUUUCUGUUGGGUUGAGGUCAAGGUUUUGCCAUGCCCACUCCAGUACCUUGACUUUGUUGUCCUUAAGCCAUUUUGCCACAGCAUUUCAAUUAUGCUUGGGGUCAUUGUCCAUUUGGAUGACCCAUUUGCAAUCAAGCUUUAGCUUCCUGGCUCCUGUCUUGAGAUGGUGCUUCAAUAUAUCCACAUCAUUUUCCUUCCUCAUGAUGCUCUGAUCUGUUUCCUGCAACAACAACAACAACAACAUGAUGCUGUGACCCCCAUUUCACAAUUGAGAUGUUUUUUGUUUUUUUUUUUUAUCAGCUUACAAGCCUUCCCCUUUUUCCUCCAAACAUAACGAUGGUCAUUAUGGCCAAACAGCUCAAAUUUGUUUCAUUAGACCAGAGGACAUCCCUCCUAGAUGUAAGAUUCUUGUUCCGAUGUGCAGUUGCAAACCGUAGUCUGGCUUUUUUUAUGGCGGUUUUGGCGGCCUUUCAGGUUAUUUCGAUCGACUUCUUUUACUGCGCAUAUAGAUGCUUUUGUACCCGUUUCCUCCAGCAUCUUUAUUAUGUUCUUUGCUGUUGUUCUGGGAUUGAUCUCAUCUCAAGGAGACAAUUCAGGUCUCCUUCCUGAGUGGUAUGAUGGCUGUGUGGUGACAUGGUGUUUGUACAUGUGUACUGUUGUUUGUACAGAUGAACAGGUUACCCUCAGGCAUUUGGAAAUUGCAUCCAAGAAUGAACCAGACCAGUGGAGAGCCGCACAUUUUUUUAUGAGAGCUUGGAAGAUUUUCCAUGAUGUCAAGCAAAGAGGCACUAAGUUUGAUGAUAGGCCUUAAAGUACAUCCACAGGUACACCUCUAAUUAGCUCAAAUGAUGUCAGUUAGCCUGUCAGCCAUAAUAUAAUUUUCUGUUUAAAGGUCCAGUCAAGUUAGUGUAUAUAAACUUAUGACCCACUGGAAUUGUGAUAUAGUGAUUUACAAGUGAAAUAAUCUGUGUAGACAAUAUUUGGGAAAAUGACUUGUGUCAUGCACAAAGAAGAUAUCCUAACCCACUUUCCUAAACUAUACUUUUUUAACAUGAAAUCUGUGGAAUGGUUACAAAUUAUUUUAAUGACUUAAACCUGAGUGUACCUAAACUUAUGACUACAACUUUAAGAUAGAAAAAUUAUUGGGAAUUUGGCACAAGACAGCACCCUGAAGUAGCUGAUCUGUAUGAGGACUAGAACAGGUUCCAGUUUGCUGUCCUCUGUAACAUGCAGGUGGCUGAAAGGAAAAACAAAUGUCUGUCUGAGGCUCUUGAGUUCAGCUGUUUUAAUGAUCAACUCAGCAGCAUUUGAUGGAACGUAAAGGACGUAAGCAAUAACUUUAAGUUUUAAAAAGCUUCUUGACAUGAUGAUUAGCUGUUUUCUCAUUUCUCUUCUAUCUGUUAGCUUACGUAGCAAUCGCUUAGGAUUUGAGUGAAAAGUUAGAUGAAGUAGUAUGACUGAACUGAACAAAACCUGAAUCCUGUUCCACACUGGGAACAGGCCUGCAGUUGAUUGUUUUUGAAGGAAACCCUUGCUAACUUGAGGUUAAUACCUAAACUACCCCAAGUGUGAUGGUGUAGAUUAACCUUUGGUUAAGCCUGAUAGUGUUCAGUGCGAACACCACCACAGCUCGACAGAGAGUGUUGAUUACCAUUUGUUAUUAUUUUAUCCUGUGCACAUACCAUAUGAUGGCAGAUGGGUCAUGGCUUGAUUAAAUCUAGAUUUAAAAUUUGAAUGUAAAUGUGUAUCUGUAAACUAAAAUCUACCACUGCUGUAAUAUCCACUCGCAAGUGGGAACAUGUUAAUAGGGUUAAUCAAUGGGGAAAGAGAAAAGUGUCGGCAUCAUCUCAUGUUAUACAAAGUGUAGGAUGUUCAAAUAUGGUAUGAAUCAAAUCUUACUUGACCAUCCAAGUCAAACCACACUACUGGAAUGUAGUCUUUAAUAUUGUUGAGGGUUGUGUGUGGAAGGUCUAUUUACUUUUAACAAACAGUAUGUAAAGAUACAGUGCUUUCAAAAUGUGUUAAUAAUCUGAUCAAUAACAGGUUUAUUUGUGCAGGUCUGUGUCAGAAGUGCUUUCUCGUGAGAACUGAAAAGGAUAAUCUUCUAAAUUAUGUCAAGUUAAAAAUUUCUCAACAUCACAGAACAGGUCUGAAUUGGUGUCACUGUCUAUUGGCAAAAUGAGCCAUCAUUGGCUCUGAUGUCACCUGUGGAUGGAAUGUGACCCAUUUUUCUGACAAGUUAAAAGAUAAAUCAAAUCACUGUUUGCUUUCGAAUCUGAAACCAGUACAUUCCUGUGCAGCUGGUCAGCCUUUUGGAAACAAAAACAUAAAGCUCUUAAGUGCAAUUUACCAAUAAAUUACACUUCAGGGAGCCACAGUAUAUGGAUUAUUUAUCUUUUCAUUGGUGUGUUCUAUUGGUCCACCUUUUACCUUAAAACUUAUUUGGAUGUGCAUGACGACAAUGCAUUAUUCAUCUUUUCGACAACAUCUAACAACAUCUGUUUUAAUAACUUCUUUUAUUAUUUGAAAAAAGUUGGGACACUUUGUAAAAUGGAAUAAAUACUAAAUAAUGAUAAUAAAAGCAGAAUGCAGUCAUUUGCACUCACCUCGCUCCAUCCUUGCUUGUGAUCGAC